AUAGUUUGUUCAUUUUCUAAAUUUCAAUUUCAAUUUCCAUUCACCAUUUCUCUGACAGGUUCCAACCGAAGAACUUUUCGCGCCAAAAUUCAAUCGAUUUCAAGCCUCUCUUUUUCCUUUGAUCUCUAUUCUAGUCUCUUGCAGAUUUAUUGUUCGUACACGGUGAUUGAAUUGAAGUGUUGCGGAAACGAGGAAUUAAGCUAGCAAGUUGCGUUUAGGUAAAUUGUAUUGUCAACCCUUGGACAUGUAUAAUAUCUGACUGCUGAAAUGAGAUGCAAUGCAUGCUGGCGAGAAGUAGAAGGGCAGGCCAUUGCCACAACAUGUGGUCACCUACUGUGCACAGAAGAUGCCAAUAAGAUAUUAAGCAACGAUGGAGCAUGCCCUGUUUGUGAUCAAGUUCUUUCAAAGAGUCUCAUGAAAUCUGUGGAUGUAAAUCCCAAUGACGAAUGGGUCAAUAUGGCCAUGGCGGGAGUGUCUCCACAGAUGUUAAUGAAGACUGCGCAUAAAAGUGUGAUGUUCUACAUUGGGCAAAAGGAACUUGAGAUGCAGUGUAAGAUGAACAAGAUUGUUGGUCAAUGCCAGCAGAGAUGUGAGAUGAUACAAGAAAAGGCUACAGAAAGAGUAGAGCAGUUGCAUACUGCUUACCAAAAGAUGGCCAAGAGGUGCCAGAUGAUGCAACAGGAAAUUGAGAGCUUAACCAAGGACAAUCAAGAACUUCAGGAAAAAUUUGCUGAAAAAUCUAGGCAGAAGAGAAAACUAGAUGAAAUGUAUGACCAGCUGAGAAAUGAGUUUGAUUCGGCGAAGCGGUCUGCCAUACAGCCUGCAAGCAACUUUUAUUCCAGAAAUGAGCGUGAUUUGUUCUCCAACCCGCCUAACAUAUUGGAUGAAAGAGAAACUGGUCGAAAAGGUCUGCCGGUGUUCACUCCUCCCACUCCAGGACCAAGAGAGGAUCUAUGGCCAGCCAGGCAGAAUAGCAAUAACUCGGGGGAUGCUGGGAUUGGGAUCAGAAGGGCUCACCCUGUUUUUGGACCUGGAGCUACUAGCAACCCAUCAAUGAACUUGAGGAAUCUUAUUUUGUCUCCAAUAAAGAGGCCCCAGCUCUCACGUAAACGAAGCAAUCUGUUCACAUUGUAGGCUCAAAGGAGGCUAAUCUAUGCUGUCAGCUAAGCAUUCUGAUUUGGUUCUGGCUUUGGUGUCUGCUCUUUUUCAACCUUUUCCACCUUUUAGUUAUUGUUUACUGUGAGCAGAGAAAAAAUGUUCUAAGGUUUUGCAUAUAUGAAUUUGUUGGCCGCAUAAUGUACUAUGAUAUUUUAAACUCCAUAUCUUGAAACUCUUCUAGAUGAAAGGCUGGUAGAAGGAACAAUGUAUAUUUCAUUUCCUUGCUUUAAUAUGUAGAUAGAUAAUUCCCA